CUGUCAAACGUUACAUAGUCGUGCGAGUUUACGCCGGAGCUGUUUUAAAGCCCUAUUCGACCUUGAACCUCGAGGCUUCUUGAGUUGCUCUUGAAAUCGGAUGUAUAUCGAGUAAAGAAUACCCUAGCAUGGCUCGCCCAGCGGGGAACCCGGAGCUCAACAGCUUUGUGGCGGACGCGCUUUUAAAGAAGGGAAGCUCUUAUGACGAGUUAAAGGGACUACUAGCGGAAUGCAGAAAGCGCGCGGAGCUCGACCCGGCCGAUGACGAGGCGGUGUUGCAGCUCAGCACGCUCAUCGCCUCGGUCACCGCGAACGUAUCUGCCAUUCGGGAGGGGAAACAUCAGGCGCUGGUAUCGGACAUUCUGGGCAUCCGCGUGUGGAGCGCAGCGCCGAUGGUGCUGACGGCAGUUCUGGAGUUUACACGCAACCUGGUCGUGGCGAAUGCAGCGUUCUCUCACACAUGUUUCCAGCUCCUGGUCUACAGCUUCACGCCCCCUCCAGCUCCACCGAACCCCAACGACCCAUCACAGGACCCGGACGGUCCGUGGCGACCUGCAGAGCAGGCCGUCGCCGUUCACUUCUCGCUGCUAUCAGUCCUCGGCCGCGUGCUAGGUCUCGUGCCCACGGCGUCCACCAACAUCCUCCCGUUGAUUGUGUCCCAGAUGCCGCACAAGGUGCGGGACCGCAACACGCAGUGCCUGUACCUGAGCGCGCUCUUCCGCAUCGCCGAGGACCGCAGCGGCGCACCUAUCCGGGAGGCGCUGCUGACGGCGGUGGUGGAACACCUGCUGUCGCUGGACGUGGAGAUCAAGUGGGAGGACAUUGUGGACGUGCCCACAGGCGAGGAGGAGGAGGAGGAGGCUGAGGAGGAGGUGGUAGCGGAGGACAUCUUCGAGCUGGAGGGCAUGCUGGCCAGCGAGCUGGACAUCAACGCAGGGCCGGAGGAGCUGGCGCAGCGCUCAGCGGUGCUGGCCAUGCGGCGACACGGCCCCACACCAGACAGCCGGGGUGGCUGGGAGGGCGCGCUGCCAGGGUCGCAAGGCCAGGCGCAGAAGCAACAGCAGCAACAGUCGCAGCCCAGCACGCGGCCGCCGGUGGAUGAGAUGGCCAACAAGCUGGACAGCAUGAUGGAGCUGGCGUUUGAGCACCUGGGGAAGCGCAUUGCGGCAGGUGAACUGCGGCAGCUGUGGGACACGCUGCUGUCGGCCUUCGAGCGGUCCAUCCUCAACACGCACCGCUCCAAAUUCACGCAGUUCCUCAUCUUCUACACCUGCUUGUCCAACCCUAGCCAUUGCUCGCCCAGCUUCUUGCGGCUGCUCGUGUCGCGGUUGCGGGAUACGCGGCAGCCGCCCAUCACGCGCGCUGCGUGCUCCGCCUACCUGGCGUCUUUCCUCGCGCGUGCGGCUUUCCUACCGGAGUCGCUGGUGGUGAAGACGCUGCAGGACCUGGCAGCCUUCUGCCAGGACUACUGCAACAACCAGGGGGUGGCAGCGGGAACGGGGCCUGGGCCGGUGUCGCGCGCCGCGUCCACAUGCGGGCUUCCCGACACCAGUCCCUUCGCCGGGUUGGCUCACGAGGACACGGCCUCGCAGACGCAGCGGCACCAGGUAUUCUACGCCACGGCGCAGGCGGUGCUGUACGUGCUGUGCUACCACAUGCAGCCGCUGGUGGGGUCGCUGCACGCCGGCGGCAAGACCCCGAGCGCGGACGGGACGGCGCCAGCGCAUGGCAGCACGGAACGGCGGCAGCUGGCGGAGACGGUGGUGGCGCUGGUGCGCGGGCCGGUGUGGCAGGUGCUCAACCACCGCCUGCAGCCACUGGGCGUCUGCCUGCCGUCGGUGGCAGCUGAGUUCGUGCACCAGGCCACGUCGCUGGGCAUUGUGGAUUGCCGGCCGCUGCUGUCCCAGGUGGAGCCGGCCACACGCUCGCAGCGGCCCCUGGAGAUGUUCUUCCCGUUCGACCCCUACCUCCUGCGCCGCUCCAGCCGCUUCCUGCAGUUAAAGGUCAGCUACGUACGGUGGCGGCACGGGCAUCCCCAGGCGGCGGCGGGGACGGGCACGGAGGUCAGUGACGACGACGAGGACGGCGUGCACGCGGACAGCGACGACGGCAACGAGGACGAGGAGCAGCCCAGCAGCACCAGCGACGAGGAGGGCGACGAGGGAGACAGCGAUGACGAGGACGAGUCGCUAGCAGGGCAGUCGCUACCGUCAGACGCGGUCCUGCACGACCCCACGCAUCGGCUGCACGGGGGGCGGCAUCCGCCCAAGCACCACCACGGCAACGGGCACGCGCACCCGGCGGCGCGGGGCAUGCACGGUAGUCACGGAGGCGGGCGUGGGCGGGGCAGCAUGGUCAUGGGUACCUCGUACAUGUCGUACGCAUCUGCGUCGGAAACCACUAGCCACGGUGACGGUGGGAUGUCACCGUACGGCAUGUCGCCGUACGAGGGCGGCAACCUGCUGGUGGAGAACCCCAUGGGCACGUCACCCGGGACGUGCCCCAUGAGCCUGGGGACACCGCUGGCCACGCACUACAUGAACUCGGUUCCCAUGCGCAUUGCGCGGCGGUAAUGCGGCAGGCAGGCGGUUGGGCAGUUAGGCUCCGUAUGGGAAAUAGAUGCAGGAGUACACUACGCAGUGAGAGGUAGGCAGAGUUUUGGUCUUAUGCUGUUUAAUCGGCCAUUCUUGCUGGUACGCAGCGAUGAGAGCUUGCUGGCGCGCAGCGAUGAGGGUUUACGCUUUCAGGCAUGCAAUGACUCGCGCUAGUGAUGCUUAGACUCGUACUGUCCGAGCCAAAGAAAGGCAAGCGAUUUUCAAGAGUGUUGAGGCCGGGGAUUCCCUGGUGUUGGUUAAUUUCUGGCUGUAGCUGGAUAGCUUGAUAGCUCGACGUGGCUUGACGCAUGGCGGGCCGUGCCUGUACGAAUCGACCCCGGCUAUGUCCGGGAACUUGCGGCCUCAGACUGGAGGCGUGGCGUGGGCUCAGCCCACGUUUCCCUUGCGAUGGAAAACCACCUUUCUUGCAUACCUUGCCAGUUUAAGUUAGCGAAAGCGCGGGUGUGGUUGCUUUACUACGGUAUCAAAGGACACGCGGUAGUAUUGAGGCUAGCCGAAGCAAGAGCAGGCGCGUGCGCCAUGUUUUCGAGUGGUUGCGAAUUGAACAAAUGCGAGGCAGGUGUGAAGUGCAUUGCAUCUUUUUGUUGGCAGAGUGUGAACGCGGGAUUAAUGGGCGUGAUGAAGCUCCAAGGGUGCAAUGACGCCAUGCAGCUGCGCCUCUUCAGUGUCUGUGGGGCAUUGUGGACGUCCGCAGGUAGGCGCUGUGCAAGCUGUGAGGUCGCAGGGCAAGGGGCAGGUCCCAGCAGUGCGCGGCUCAAUCCCGACGGUGUUUGAAGACUCCUUUCUGCCACGUAGCUUUAGCUUCCCCCACCGCUCUUGCCACUCUCUCCAACCCCGCAGCUCAACUUAGCGCUUGCAUAGUCGCAUGCCAUUCGAAGCGCGCACAUGUAGCUACGGCCAGACAACCACGGUGGCACGGUCUCACAGCUGUGGCCUCAUAAGUCCGCAGUCAGCUCAUUCAACUUCUUGCCGCCGUGCGUGAGGUUGCACCAGCGGGCGUGAGGUUGCCCGCCCGUGCGUGAGGUUGCACCAGCGGGCGAGAAUGCUGCCAGUACUGUCCGUGUCGCGUGGAACCCGUCGAUGAAGCAGAGUAUGGCAUUCAUGCACAUAACCACACCGCGGCCACACCUGGUGCUACCGCGGCAGGACUUGGGAAGAUGAAUGGUUUGCCCGGACCGGUCGGGGAAUGAACCAGAAGUCAGGGCUUGCAUCUUCCAGGGGUAGGCCACUGCAGCUGGCGAGAAGGGCCCUAACCACCUUUUCACCCACGGCAUCCAAGGGCCCAAAAUGCCUAGUUUUCUGCCU